GCCUGGCAACUUUUGAAGAGCUUUCCUCUGCUCUCCUGUGACUGUGCUGUGUGUUUUCAUUUGCUGAUAGUCUGCAAAAAGAGGAUUCAUUAGGAAUUUUUACCACUUUGAGAUACAACAAUGGUGGCUCAUACACUAUUCUGGUGGAUUCUAAAAGGGCUUAUUCUGCCUUUUUUGCUCAAAACUACUCUGUCCCUAAACCCAGAUGAUCCAAAUGUUUGUAGUCAUUGGGAAAGCUACGCUGUGACAGUCCAGGAGUCUUAUGCUCAUCCUUUUGAUCAGAUCUAUUAUACAAGAUGUACUGACAUACUGAACUGGUUCAAGUGCACUAGACACAGGAUCAGUUAUAAAACAGCCUAUCGAAGGGGACUAAGAACCAUGUAUCGGAGGAGGUCACAGUGCUGCCCUGGAUACUAUGAAAGGGAAAACUACUGCAUACCACUCUGCACAGAGGAGUGUGUGCAUGGAAGAUGUGUUUCUCCUGAUACUUGUCAUUGUGAACCAGGAUGGGGAGGCACUGAUUGCUCCAGUGGCUGUGACAGCGACCACUGGGGACCCCACUGCAGCAACCGCUGCCAGUGUCAGAACGGAGCUCUCUGCAACCCCAUCACGGGCGCCUGUGUCUGCGCAGACGGGUUCCGAGGCUGGCGCUGCGAGGAGCUCUGUGACCCGGGGAGCUACGGCAAGGGCUGCCAGUUCCUGUGCCAAUGUCACAACGGAGCGACCUGCGACCAUAAAACGGGAGAAUGUCACUGUGCUCCUGGGUACACGGGGGUAUUCUGUGAGGAGCGCUGUCCCCCCGGCAGCCACGGAGCUCAGUGUGAACUGCGCUGCCCUUGCCAGAACGGAGGCGUCUGCCACCACAUCACGGGAGAGUGCUCCUGUCCUCCUGGGUGGAUGGGGCUGGUGUGUGCACAGCCAUGUCCUCCUGGAACAUUUGGAAUUAACUGCAGCCAGGACUGUCCCUGCCACAAUGGAGGGCACUGUGAUCCCGUGACAGGAAAGUGCAUCUGUGCAGCUGGCUAUACAGGAGACAGGUGUCAAGAAGAGUGUCCUGUUGGGACAUACGGCUUUCAGUGCACACAAAGAUGUGACUGCCAAAAUGGUGCAAAGUGUUAUCAUGUCAAUGGAGCUUGUAUGUGUGAUCCUGGAUUUAAAGGGAUUUAUUGCCAAGAAAGAAUGUGUCCAGAAGGAUUUUAUGGCCUUAAAUGCAACAGGAGAUGUCCUUGCAAUAUCACGAAUACCCUCAGUUGCCAUCCAUUGUCUGGAGAAUGUAGCUGCAAAGUCGGCUGGGCUGGACUCUACUGCAAUGAAUCCUGUCCCCCUGGGUACUACGGGAAAGGCUGCCAGCUGCCCUGCCCCUGCCAGAACGGUGCGGAUUGUGAUGGCGUCACAGGGAGGUGCACAUGUGCGCCGGGAUACAUGGGAGAUGACUGCACCAUUACCUGCAUGCCAGGAACCUACGGCACCAAUUGCUCAUCAGUUUGUAAUUGCAAAAAUGAUGGUGCAUGUUCCCCUGUGGAUGGUCUGUGCUAUUGCAAAGAAGGGUGGCAAGGAGUGGACUGUUCUAUUCCAUGUUCAAGUGGAAGCUGGGGUCUUAACUGUAACCAGACAUGUUAUUGCACAAAUGGAGCAGCUUGCAGGCCAGCUGAUGGCUUCUGUCUCUGCUCGCCUGGAUGGCAAGGGGACUCCUGUGACCAGCCAUGUCCUGAUGGAACAUAUGGUCUUAAUUGCAGUGAACAUUGUGACUGCAGCCACGCAGAUGGGUGUGAUCCUGUCACCGGUUACUGCUGCUGUCUUGCAGGCUGGACAGGCAUCCACUGUGACAAUAUCUGCACCCAGGGCCGCUGGGGACCCAACUGCUCCAUCUCCUGCAACUGUGAGAACGGGGGGUACUGCUCCCCAGAGGAUGGCACCUGUGACUGUGCACCAGGAUACAGAGGACCCUUGUGCCAGAGAAUUUGUCCCCCUGGCUUUUAUGGGCAGCACUGCAGCCAGGCGUGCCCUCAGUGCGUGCACAGCAGCGGGCCUUGUCACCACGUGUCAGGACACUGCGACUGCUUGCCGGGAUUCUUUGGCACUCUCUGCAACCAAGUCUGUCCCACUGGAAAAUAUGGGAAGGACUGUGCUGAGAUCUGCCAGUGCACCGAGAAUGGGACGUGCAAUCCUAUUGAUGGAUCAUGCCAGUGUUUUCCAGGCUGGAUAGGGACUGACUGCUCACAGACUUGUCCCACUGGUUUCUGGGGCCCUGAUUGCUUCCAUUCAUGCAACUGCCACAACGGAGCAAUGUGCAGCCCUUACGAUGGAGAAUGUAGAUGUACUCAUGGUUGGACGGGGCUCUACUGCACUCAGCGUUGCCCAGCUGCUUUUUAUGGAAAAAACUGUGCCAAUGUUUGUCAGUGCCAGAAUGGAGCAGACUGUGACCACAUCACUGGCCAGUGCACCUGCAGGACAGGGUUUACAGGCAAACAGUGUGAGCAAAAGUGCUCACCAGGAACAUUUGGUUAUGGUUGCAAACAACUCUGUGAAUGCAUGAAUAAUGCUACAUGUGACCAUGUCACAGGCACUUGCUACUGCAGUCCGGGCUUCAAAGGAAUCCGAUGUGAUCAAGCGGCUCUUAUGAUGGAAGAAUUAAACCCCUAUACUAAAAUUAGCCCUGCUCUUGGAUCAGAGAGACACUCAGUGGGAGCAAUCAUUGGAAUUAUUAUUCUCCUUCUAAUUAUUAUGGUCUUGCUGGCACUGUUUGUGUGGUAUCGACGGAAACAGAAGGAGAAGGGCCAUGACAUGCCAAGUGUAUCUUAUACUCCAGCCAUGAGGAUGACUAAUACAGAUUACUCACUUUCUGGUGCUUGUGGGAUGGAUAGACGUCAGAACACAUACAUAAUGGAAAAAGGCUUCAAAGAUUAUAUGAAAGAAUCUGUGUGCAGCUCCAGCACUUGUUCUCUGAAUAGCAGUGAAAACCCAUAUGCCACCAUCAAAGACCCCCCCAUUUUAACAUGCAAACACUCCGAGAGCAGCUACGUGGAAAUGAAGUCACCUGGUCACAGGGAAUCCCCAUAUUCAGAAAUGCCAACUUCAUCGACCGCCAAUAAGAACAUCUACGAAGUUGAGCCCACUGUCAGCGUGGUCCAAGACCCCCAUGGUCGGAGUGCCAGUUACCUCCAAAAUCCAUACGACCUGCCUAGGAACAGUCACAUUCCUGGUCACUACGACCUCCUCCCCAUAAGGCACAGCCCGACACACGGGCCAUCUUGGGACAAGCAGUCUUAA